AGCACAAUCACAGGAAACAUUUCGUUAUCCCAGCCAACUAUAGAUACAACAUUCAUAAAGCUCUAUGACCAGGAAAGACAAGGUAUUCUUUAGAGGAAUUUAUUACCUAGUUUCACACCGUAUAAUUUGGGAUUAUGAACACAAGACCUAAACAUUCAGACAGAGCAUACCAAACUGUACAAAAAUACUCAAGUUUGGUGUUUUAUUGACAACUUAUAUUAUGAACGAGAUACAGCCAAUACUUUGACAGUCUCACAAAUUUACAAGACAUCUGUGGUCGUCCCGACAGGCUUGGCCGAUAACGCCAAACAUUUCCUUGUAAUUUUCACUUUUUUGAUUGGCUGUAUCUUCUUCAAAAUUUGCUUCAUUAUAACGCUUAACUUAAUGGGGCUUCUGGCUAAGUGGUUAAUAAUACUAUAAUAUACGGGCUCAUACUUAGUACUUCUCUGUUUGAAAACAGGCAUUGUCUAUAUAUCAUUCCUUGUGUUACUUCUUGUUCCUUAACGAGCAAAAAACCUUUACGCUACUUGUUGCUUCCUGUAAAGUUAAGCCCUAUCAGGUUGAUGAUCAUGAACGGCUGUGGUGAAAAGUUAAUCUGUUUUGCUGCAAAGCAUAGGCUUGAUUCGUGAGUGCCAAAAGGGGCAAUGUUGCACAACAAGUUGCACGAUUCCGUUCCCCUUUUUGUCUUAGCUCUAAAGCUACGUGCAAACGGAGGCAACAACUCCCGACAUUGUUGGGCCAACAAUCUUGACAGUUAUUGCGCCCUUGUUGGCAGUGUUGUGCAAACGGAUGCAACAACUCCCAACAAUCUUGCCUGUGUAGUGCAUUGUGAAAAGAAUACAACCCAUAAUACUUUGGAGACCAUAUUGAACGCGCGUGCGUGGCCCCAACAAUGUUUGACAAGCUGUGCAAAUGGAUCCAUUAUGUUGUGCUACGCUUCUGUGAUCUCGGAACAAAUGAAAUGUUGGAAGCAGUAGUUGUUUUGACCAAAGUUUGACCGGUUUCAAACUUUGCGCAACAACUCCCAACAAAACACAACAACAUGUAACAACAUGCAGCAGGAUGUGCAGACGAACACGCACCAUGUAGCAUCCAGCAAUGUUGCGCCCGUUUGCAAGGCGCUUAAGUGAAGUGCUUCGCAUAAACUGGUGAGAUAAUCUUGUUCAGACUCUCCGUAUGGUUAAAUUAUCAUUCAUUAAUUUCCAACGUAGUAACUAAACUGUUUAUGUUAACACUGUCAAAUUUAGGCAAUUACGUUUUAUUAAGUGAUGAAUAAUUUUUUAUUCCAGCGACGUUUGGGGAAUUAAAUAUGGGAAAAGAUUAUUUCGAAGGAGACAUCUUGCUUACUCAACAACAGAUGGACUUUAUACAAGCAUCCAGGGACGAACUUCAGUCAAGAGACCUUCUAAAGGACACAAGAAAAUUGUGGAGUACUGCAAUAGUACCAUAUGUGAUAGCUGAAGAUUUAAGUAAGUAACCUUAGUGGGAAUAAAAUAUUUUAAAUUUUAAAGGCUGAUCAUUAUUCCACCAUGGCAGAACAACUGGGAUACAGUUUUCUUACAAGGUACCUUCAACCAGUGUGCAUUGCGAUCGUGCACUUCACCGAAAUCAUUUGCUGCAAAAUACAGAAAUUACUAACGUUCCGAUUGUAUUUGAAAAUCGGAUUGUAUCUUCACAACCUAAGGCAAUAGCAGGCUGUGAUACCCUUCUUAAAAGAAACCUAUAUACAAUCCCUAUUAUCAAACAGAGUAAUUUCUUUCGAGAUUUCUUUAUUCAGUGCUGUGAAGUGCAUGAUCGCAAUGCACACUGGUUGCAGGUGCCCCUUUAACACAAAGGAGAUGAUGCUAACCUCGUAGAACUGAACGUAUGACCUACACUGAACUGAUCAUUCAAAUUCAAUUAGAAAAAGACUUAGCGCCAUGUCUAACGAAGGCGCACGACUCCUUAAAGGAAGCUUAAGAUAAGAUAUAAGUUUUCAGUUUGAGCCUACUUUGUUUCUCCACUCACUUCACGAAAUAUCAAACGGCUUGUAAAUUCUACAUCGAUGUGGAAUGUACGAGCACUUUAGAACGACUUUUUGAGAGCUCCUAAGUGUUUUUAACUUCGUGAGUAAGUAGGAGCUCUAACAUGGCGUUAAUAGGUAAAAAUGUAACUUUACGGAUAACUAGCUCACACUUGAAAAUAUUUCAACCACUAGACAUUGCAGUGUCAUAUAUAUAGUUGCUAUACAGCAUGGAAAAGUGCGAAUAUACUCCGUUGAUUGUCUUAGAUAUUGGCGAAACUGACACAGCAAUUAAGUUCAAGCUACUCCUAUUCACGAUCCACUGUGUAAUUUUACAUUUCCAGUUACAUACCUGUAUGUUAGAUCAUUGUAUGACGUCAUUGUAGGUCCAACCAGCAAGGGGUUCAUCCGCUCCGCAAUGAAAGAGUGGAGUAGUAAAACGUGCCUUAGAUUCAGGAACAAAACUGAAGCUGAUGACGAUUACGUAGAGUUUGUCUACGAGGGAGGGUACGUAUUAGCUAAAAUAUCUUCAGAGAGGCAGUACCAAAAGAAAAAAAGUACCUACAUAUGUUGCGACGGGUGUAGUUAAUAAUCAGCUUGAUAAGACACUCAAUUGUCAUUGCAAUUUAAGUGCUUUUUAUCCAUCAUCAUCAUGAUAAUGAUCGUCAUUUAUAUUUACACACUGUAAUUUUAACAUGCCGAAUCAUAAGUUUUCAUAAGUAUCUUUUACUAGUUGAAGGCUCCAAUUCCAAAUAGCAGGAAGCUGUUUGAGAAAAGUUGCUUAAAAACCGUUCAGGGGUUGGGGAGAAACGUGGAAGUGGCGUCUUUGUUUGACCUAUGAUUGGUCAGUUUUCACAGGUUAGGUCCUUUGUACGCCGCACCUGAUUUCGACAUUUGACAUUUUUAAAAUUUGACAUUGAGAAACGGUUUUCUGGAAGUAUCUAAAAUAGUUACAGGCUCUCCCCCCGUCUUUAACUUUGCCCACCGGUUUUCGCUCGUCUGCACUGACUGAGAGCCUGGCACAGGCUAGACUUCAUUGGUUGGUUGGUGUUAGCACUAUAGCUGGAGAGCAAGGAGUCCAGCGACAUUACUUUGACGUGUCUGCAACUCAAUCCGUUUUUGAAGUUCUGCCACAGUACAUUAUCCUUUACAAUGCAACUACAAUCUAUAUAGUCGAAGUGCUAUUGAACCAUGCUGAUUUCUUAUUCUCUAAAAAUAAUGGCUUCAUUUUUAUAGUCCCUUGAUUGUUUUUAUUUUAAAACAGUUUUAGUGAGUCUCAAAAGCGUUUGCGAUCGUUGCAAGAAGAAAUUUUCCGGUCGUCACUGACUUCUUACUUUUCUUUUCAGAUGCUCUUCAUAUGUGGGACGUAUUGGUGGCAGGCAAACAAUUUCUGUAGGAAGUUCUGAUUUCAGCGUUGUUUGCAGGCACGGUAACAUUGUGCAUGAAGUUGCGCACUCUUUAGGAUUUUUUCAUGAGCACAGUCGAACUGACCGUGAUGAUUUUGUAAAAAUUCUAUGGGACAACAUUGAAAGCGGUAAGUCGUGAUAAGGUCUAUACAUAUACGAUAAAAACCAGCGUGUAUUAAAGAACCUACAUUUUUUGAAGUCUUGCAAAAAGCGGAAGCAAGCGCUUUUCGAUGUCUAAGAUUAUUGCCAAUGGUCUAUUUCUCUAUAAGGUUAAGCUUUUUUUAGAAAUUAUGUUAAUCAGUUGAGAUUGAGCUUAUUUUCUUGAUUUUUCCCGUAAGCGACCACUUUGUCGUGCACCAAGGGUGGUCACUUACGAGAGAGUCAGAUUGUAUUAAAAUGGCAAAUUUCUGCCAGCAGGCUCUUAAACAUCUCGGCUGUUACACGUAGGUUUCUACUUUAUUCGUGAUAUAUUCAUAAUAUCACAAAGCUCAACGUAACCUCGCCUUUUUCUGCCGAUAGCCUGUAAUAUUGACGUCAUUUUACCCCGGACAUCGUAAACUUCUUUCAUGUUUUUGUUAUGAAGUUAAGGUUAUGAAGAACGAGCUCGGUUAUUAAGGCCAAUCUGAGAUGGAGAUAUGUUUUGAAUGAGUAGAAAUCUAAUUUUGAUUGAGUAAAUACAGCUAUUUCGAAAAAGGUUGUCGGAAAAAGUUCACGCGACAAUCCCGAACGGUAUUAUGGGUGGUUUUGAGGUCACUGUUCUUCAAAGAAAUUUGAGAGAAUGGCACGAGAGGCCAUAGACUUGUCAGUGGCGAGUAGUAAAGGAAAGCAAUAAAGUAGACAGCUACAGUGUCAGGGACACUGUAUUGAUCAUAUCCCAUAUUAUCUUUCGGGUUUGUCGGUUGCACAAUUUUUCUUAAAGGAUAACAAGAAAAGAUCUCGGCAUAAAAGAACUCCCACGUUAUAAAUCAACAUUAAAGGUCCUGUUUGAUUUAAUACUUUGUUGUUUUGUUUUCAGGAUACGAUAAAAAUUUUAGGAAAGAAAGUGCCCUGACUGUGCACAGUCUCGGUGUUCCUUAUGAUUAUGGUUCUGUGAUGCAUUAUGGAGAAUUUUUCUUCACGAAAGAUCAGGGAUUGAGAACAAUACAGCCCUUGCAAUCGGGUGCAUCUAUUGGCCAAAGAAUUGGUUUAAGUAAAUUGGACGCUCUGCAAGGAAAUUUACUGUACAACUGCAAAGGUAGAUGUAUGUUGCCAUUACUGUAGAACUUAGUUAUCUAGGAAUCGGUUAACUCGAACUAACCUUUUUCCCCCCUUUAGCUGGAUAUUUAGUCAAUUUUAUUUCCCUAGUUUGAAGCAUGUUGAAGUUUCGCUAAGUCGAAGGAUUUUCUGUUUCCCUCGGGCGUUCGAGUUUGAGUGGUUUCUAAUAUAAAAAUUAAAGUUUCCUCAGUAAACAGAUUUUGUUCAUCGACGAUUGGGGUAUGGAGAUUUCCCCGCCAAAUGGCGUCUGACAAACGAGCGCAGAAAUUCCAUACUGGUGACGUGUCACUACCCAGAUCUGGGUAGUGCCUCUGGUUGGUAGGAAAUUUACUUCAUCCGUUCGUUUCUCAGACGUCAUUUCGCGGGGAAACAACCGGCGGCGUCGCCAAAUGUCGACUGUUUUCUCAGGCUACUAUAGAACCUGUUUUAGGUUAUUGCAAGAAGGCAAUGAAAAGGCCAUAUGGCGUAGUUUGAGGCAACUGAUCAUUUCAGCUGUUAUACCAAAUAUCCGUGGAAUUAACUAAGACUUUUGAAAUAACCUCUGACUUUAGCAGAAUUACAUAUUAAAUGGGUGAGGGAUAUGGCCAAUGGCAAAUUAAACAAGGCCAUGACGCGAAGAUAAAGCUGUUUUGAUCAAUACGGUUUAAGGUACACAUAAAACCACUGAUUAAACCAAUGCACAAAAUGCUCCUGUGGACAUCUAGAUAUAAGGAAGACAGCGAACAAAUUUCAUUAGGGAUCACUAACCACAAUAAUUUUCAGUUUGGUGAUUAAUUUUUGCUGGCAUAGUUGCUGCGGAACGACCGUAGGGAGCGAGCAGCAACGUAAUCGGGAUUUAAGGGAAAUAUAUAAGGGGCGACGAAUUCUCGAAUUCAUCACUUUUUACCACAAUGCAUUGCAUUUAACCAGAGUGCAUUGCGCCACGAACAACUCAGAAACACGGGGAAGUUCGCAUCGGUCGCUGCCCAGGCUCAGAGUUUUCUUUGUAGCAAAUUUUCUACAGCACGGUUAGAGGUCUUACCAAAUUUAAGACACGCAGAAGUCUUUCAGAUGAGUACGAUGGUUAACUUGGGGAUUGGAUUUCAAUUCAAGAGCCUUUGACUCGUCCAGGUGUUAAACCUGACGAGAAGAUGAGCAUUUGCUCUUCGACUUCGCAACACGGGGGAUAUACAAAUUCCAGCUUGCUAGAGGGUGAUGUGAAAGUGAGAAAAUGUCAUGCCAUGCUAUUCUUAAGAAUAAAUAAGAGCGGAAAUCGAGAUAACAAAACAUAUGUUUUGUGUCCUACGUUGCAGACGAGGACGUGUAUCGGCGUUUUGAGAAGCAUAAUUAUGUUCUUUCAUUCAUUCAUUGCCAUGGAAUAUGCGUUUACAUUGUUUUUUUACUGUUAAUAGCUCGAUUAAUGCGGCUGGCUAUCAUCUUGCCGGCGGAAGUUUUAUGGAAAAGGCACUAAUUAUAAAUUAAAGACUUUUCCCAAAAGCUAGGUAAUCAGUCUCCGUGGUGUAGUGGUUAGGAGUAGACGCGUUGAGCCGAUGUUGCCGGGUUCGAGUCCUAUCGAACUCCUUUUUUCCUUCUUUCUUUCUUUUUUUGCCGUUUUUUGUGAUGUUGUUUUCUAUAAAUAUGCAGCUAAAUAACCGUUACUUAUUAAAGUGCAAUAAACAGCAAGAAAUGUAUCGUGUUUCCAGAGAAAAGAUAGUGCUCCGUAUAUUAAAUAUCUGGAUAAACAAUCUGAAUUUCUAUCAUUUCCUACAGUUUACUGUGGGAAAACCAGAGUUGAUUUCCACUUGAUCAUUUUCUAAACAACGUUCCCACGAGUUCUUUAUAUAGACUGAUAUAGUAAUUAUUCUAGUACUCUCCAACAUGUAAAUAGGACAUUCAAUGUCAUUUUCGAUUCUUUUAAGUCCCACUGCCUAACUAACGCCAGUAUCAACAGAAUGUGCCGCAGCAUUACUAUGUUCUAGAUACCCUAGUAUUAGUACUAAAACUUGAUAAGGUUGGCCCAACUUAUCCAAGUUUCAAUCCAUGUGCAUCCAUGCCAUCCGUGGCAACAGAGGAAAGGGAACAGUUUCAAUACCUAAAUAAACAGGGGCACCCAACGUCAAUUUUCGGAAAAUAUCUGCUCGAAAGACGAUUUGAGAUCUAGAAUUUUCGGAACAUUUAUUGUAAAAUUUCUUGCUUGGUUGCCUCUCCUAGGAUUUUCGAACAUCUAAAAAAUGGUAUAAUUGCCCAUUUUUAACGAAUUUUUACUUUAACAACGUCACCUAGAACUUUCGGUAGCCUCUUUUCUGGCUGAAAUUUUCGAAAAGGUAAGUUUUGAUCCCUAUAAUUUUCUGAUCACUAAGACUUUCAGCUAGGAAAUGCGAACAGAUGAAAAUUUUUUUUACAGAUAAAAAUGUGCCUGAAUCUACCGAUUAAAUAUACGUUUCACAAUGCUAUGUUUAAGUGGUUUUGUACUAUAUUCUCGUUGGGUGCCCCUGAAUAAAGUUAAAUAUAGUCCCAAAUAACAAACUGGACCAUUAUUUUUGGAAUUCAAUUGAUGCAAAGACUCGUUUUAGCUUCUUAAAACGGUAGCAAAUAGCGCGACGAAGCCCAUUCAAACGGUUUAUAUUCUGGUGAAUAGCGCAGCCCACCUUUCACGGGUACUUUCAAGUUCAUUUCAAUUUGCAUAUAAAAGUGAUCAAGUAUUCUAGGGAAUCAUUUUUGUUCUUUACGUGGUCAUAAAUUUGCAAGAGUCAACAAUUGUGUGCGUCAUGGCCAAUCCUAAUAGUUGUCAAAUGUGUGUAGGGCCAGCAGGUUUCUAUAAUACAACAACUCGACCGAAUGAGGGAUCGUCAGACCAGGGAUUGUGGAACGGCAGACCAUUCCGCGAGAAGGGAGUUAAGGUGCUUAGAAAAAGCAAGGUGCAAGAACAUAAACACACCCAACAAAAGGAUAAACAUCUUCAACCUAAAGAGAAACAAGGUUCCUCCACUAAAAAGGAAAGCUUAGUUCAUAAAACUAAAAGGAAAGGUAGCCUUUUACAUACUAUGGUAAAGGGAACAAAGAAAACGAAACAAUUCACCUCAUCAGUAAAAUCUGAACCAAGUGACGCAAAGAUUAAACAAGAGCAGGGUAAAUCCAGAUCAGAGUUAUUAACAGAAAAACAGAUACAACCUGAGUUAAAGAAAGUAUACAGUGGAGAUGAUGCUGACAUAUUGGAAGGAGAUGACGAGGAGGACGAUGAUGUUUUCUACUCAAGAGGUACGUGCCUGCUGCCCGAAACAAAAGACUGUCGCAAGAUGUUUCAUUUAUUUAUUUAUUUAUACAGGAACAUCUGGUUACGUUUAGCAUUAGAAUAGAGUUAUUUUAAAAAGAGUUCUGUAAAAAAUAAAAAAAUAAAAAAUACAAAGAUACAAGGAAAAUCAUCAGAACGUAGCACACUGACAAAACACAGGAAUUCACGACAUAAAGAAAUUGGACAGACUGGCCCUUGAAGAGCUGUUUCACCAAGGACUUGAACUUGCAUAGUAAAGUCCGUUGCAGACCUAAUAUUACUCGCAAAUUUCGUGUCCGCGUCUUUUGCGAAGCAGUCAUCGGUAAUUCCUUAAAGUUACUUAAUGAUGAUAACCUAAUUAAAAGUGCUAAGAAGAAAAAACAGCUUAAUAUUUGAACUGAUCUUGUAGGAGUAAGUUCGCCUGCUGUUGCCCCAGAAACGCCGAAUCAGCUGGCCACUGACAGAGCAACGCUGGCUCAAGAAGAGGAGGAUGCUGUGCAACAACAAGACAAUGACGACAUCGGUAAGCAUCCAUAAUCAACGUCUGCUAUAUUCGGAAAAUGUCACAAAGCCAUCUAGACGUUGGCAACUUUAUAUACUUAGUUUUUUUAACAGUUCCAAAAAUGUUUUUAGUUAUUUAUUUAUUUUUUUAAAUCAGGCCUCCCAUUUAACAAUGAUCUUCAAAGUUCAGUGAGUUUAAAGUUUCUCAGUAUAACACGAUUUUAGAACCAUAAGUACAAGCGAAUGAUACGAUGGUCAUUCAUGUAUCACGGCGUUUAUUGAUUGUUCCUAAAUUUUUAUGUUACUUGGACAAAGCGAAUUAAACUCAAUAAAUAAAUACUAAAAUAAAUAAAACUAAUUAACUGAUUAAAAAAAUCGAGACUAGAACAAAAUUAAUUAAAGAUAUGUUUUAUCGAAGUAAUCUAGAAAAAGUAAAAAAAUAAAAACAGCAACAACGACAACAAAACUGCAUUUUUGUGUUUAUUAGGUGAGGAGAACUUAGGCAAAAACUUCUUCGAGGGAGACAUGAUGCUAACACCAGAACAAGAGUCUUUCUUGGAUAACAUAAAAAACAAGGUUGUCACACAAGAGGGUGCUAAACGAGCGCUUAUUAAGGACAAGAUGUACCUUUGGCCAAAAGCCAAAGUUUACUAUGAUUUUCACAAAGGAGUAGGUUAGUAGAUAAACUGAUAUUUUGUCAAAUUAGCGAUCAAGAACUUAUCAACAGGAAAUCAGCCAGAGGAACUGGGACUCAGCCUUUUUUAACCUGUUCCUUAAUUUACCGAGAGACUUCUACAACUCGACCUUAACCUCUACUUCGACUUCAUCUAAAUUCAACAAACCAACUUUUGGCGACCUGAAUAGCUUAAUACUUAAUUGUUCGGACUGUUUGGGAUACCUGACCUUAUGAGCCUUUGCUCUGCACAUCCCGUUACAUGACAAAGCAAGGCAAGCCACAACACAUUUCUGACAUGUUCGCAAGAGAGAGUGAGCCAACAGUACAAUAAGUACUACAGAGUUGAACCAAGAAAAUACUAGAGAUAAAAAACUGCGUGGUAGGACUAUAGACUUCACCCAAACACUCAGGAACCUUAGUUUAGGUGAAAGCCUAAGGUCAGCUUUAACCUCAAGCAUGCAUACUUCAACCUAUGUUCGAGUUUAACAAUUACAUAAAAUAGAAGACAAUAAUCGAAAAAACCAAGCUAACCAGGAGCUACCAGUGUGGGCUAAACCUUGAACAACCUUGCAAUAUAAACUGGAACUUAAAACGUAACGCCAUUAAAACGACCGACAAGAUGUGUCAAUUAGGCCUUAUAAAGGUAAACCCUCAGGCUCAGUUUUACUAGAGUUUUAAAAAUUAGAAAUAAAGAACUGUGUAGUUAUAGACUGUCUAUUUCUAAAAGACGUCGUAGUAUACUAACUUCAUCAUAUUUUCAGAUUAAGUAAGUGGAAUUCUGAUUUCUCUUUUUAUGUUUUUCAAUUUUAAACAGUGGUAAACUGGGUCGGUCGGUCGGGCUACAGGAACGAAACAAUUAAUGCCCUGUACUGCCUUACUAUUACUCACUCUUUUGAAAUGAAGGGUAGAUUUCAGUUAAACAAGCAUUGAGAAAUCUGAAAGAUCAGAUACAGAACUUUGUACGUAAUGCCAAGGUAUAUGGUUUUGAGCAUGAUACCUUAUUUUAUACUCUUUUUUUAUCUCUCUCUCUCUCUCUUCAAUCAUUUAAGAUAGAAUAGGCAGACGAAGGGCGCGUGCUGCUAUGCGCCAUUGGCAGAAACACACUUGCCUCAAGUUUAAGCGCGUCAAGAAUUCACCUGAGAACUUCGCAUAUAUCAAAUUUGUCUUCGAGGGAGGGUAAGUAAUCCAGUUUGUGAUCAUAACAAACCAGUAACAGCUAAAUAAAUCUAAUAGAUCCUAGAGCUGCUGUCAGCGUUGGUGAUUCCCAUUUCACAGUCCCAACAGUGACAGUGCGAGUUAAAGAAAUCUAUUUCUGAUUUUCGCCGGCUGGUUAGCUCAUAACAGUUGGCGGAGUGCAGUUCUGCUGCCGGAGGUCAAACCCGGCUGAAGCAACACUCAGGAUCUUUAAGAGAAUACCUGAGAAGGAAGUGCUGCCUUUGUAAUGACAUCUGCAAACUUUUACUUUUUUCAUAAUUACUACCUAGUACAUGUAAGUCGUUUCAUCGAAAGGCUCUGAUAAAAUAAGAUAGCGAUAGUGUGUAAGGUUUGAUAAAAUUCAAGUCUUCCCUUCUUGUUUUCUUUUUUUCAGCUGUGCCUCUCGUGUUGGUCGCGGGGGAGAUAAAGAGCAGAAAUUGACGAUAGGCAGCCCAGCCUUAAGGUGUAAGGUGGGAAAUAUCAUCCACGAACUUGGCCACGCUAUUGGCUUCUUUCAUGAACACAGCCGGCCCGAUAGGAACACUUAUGUUAGAGUUCUUAAAAAGAAUAUCCUCCCCGGUAAGUUGGUGAUAAGCAUAAGUUCUGAUCUGUUUGAUCUUCUUUAGCAAGCUAAGUUAAAUAAACCAACAAGGUACGAUUCCUGGCGAUGCCUGGUCAUGGCUUAUAUUUACAGUUUUAAACAAAUAUGUUGCCGACAGGCCUUCUGUUCAGCGGGACAACAUUAAAUAGGGAAGAGGGGAGGAAAAAUCUCAUAAUUUUUCUUUUCUUACGCUAUCUUGUAGAAAGUGAGAAUGUAGGAAUGCUAUUACUUUCUCACUGACCUGGUUGAGUUAAGACUGAUCUGUUACGCACUUUUCAAAAAUAAUGAGAUUGUGAAACACCAGGUUCACUUUUUACAAAUGGUUGGAUGUACCGACAGACUAUAUUACAAGUGACUGAUUCUACCAGUCACUGUAAAUUUCUGAGACUCUUGUUCUAGGCGCCUAAGCAAAUAGAAGGUGGAUUUAAAGACAAAACCACUGGCAAUUGAUCACCAAGUCUUUCCAGCAUCAGGCGACUUACACUAAGAUCUAAGGGCACCGUUGCUUGCAUUUACCAGACGUUUUUAUAAUAAAUAACAAUAGUGAUUGAUCUGGUUAGAAAAUUAUCUUCUGACUACAAUGGCGUUAAUAAAAUUACCGAAAUUUGAUAUUUGCUUAUUCAACAGGUUACGAAAGAAACUUUUAUAGGUUUGGUAGGAAGUGGAUCGACUCAAAAGACGUUCCAUAUGAUUAUGGCUCUAUUAUGCAUUACAACAGAGCUUUCUUCUCUCGCUUCCCUGUAAUGCUGGACACAAUAAUCCCUCUGAAAAGAGAUGCGGAAAUCGGUCAGCGGAAAGCCCUCAGCAGGUUUGAUAUCCUGCAAGCUAACCUACUGUACCAGUGUGACGGUAAGAAUUCGGUGUCUUGAUAGCCAUCCGAUCGCCUUUUGAUUAGAGACCUUUAGAUUCUAAGACGUCGAGGAAGAGAUUUUUGAAUACUAUAGUGCGCUCGCGUGGACAGCGUUAUUUUGGUGGGAAAACGCCAUUUACUUUAGCAAGAAUGUCGUUAAAAAGUUAUCACAUAUUAGAAGUGCUCUGUAUUUUUUGCAUAAAAUUAACCGUGCUAACUUUCCUGGUGACAAAAAGUACAGUUUCAUACAGUUUACUCCCGAUAACUCGAACCCUCGCUAACUCGAAUCUCGCGCUAACUCGAAUCCAAAUCAAUUUCCCCAUUCCUUCAUACAUUUACUGUAAUUUUACACUCGGUAACUCGAACCCGCGAUUAAACUUGAACCUCCCUUUAACUCGAAGUAAUUUUAGUUUCGCUCAGAUAAUUUCUAUAUAAUCAUGCCCUUGAUAACUCCAACCAUGUUUUGAGCGCUUAAAAAGUCGGGAAAAAGCGGGGUACUAGCGUCCGAAACAUUGAAUUUGAAUUGAAUUUCCCAUUUACGUGUGUAGGUGUAUAGUCUACUCGUGGAGACUGACUACUGUUUGUCAAAACAGUACUGUACAAAUAUAAGAUUCAGUUUUUAUCAAACAACCACUGCAUGUUUACAGUUAUUCCUUUCAGGUAGGAAAAAGCUUUCAGACGAAGAAAUCCAAGAGCUUAAAGAAGAAAGUGAGAGCGAGAUCAAUGAUCAAGCUUCUGAAGGUGCGUUUUGAAAACCAUGCUAUUAAAGAAUUUGUUUACCUAUGAAACAUAUGAAGAGUCCUCAAUUAUCACUGCAUUAUAUUCCAAAUUUUGAGGAGAGGGGACUGAAAGCAGCCAAGCAUUUCAUAGAGAAAUCUCUGCAAGAAGCAAGGAAGAAAAAUAAACUUACAGGCCAAGUUCUAGUGAUGGAAUCUCACAUAUAGAAUGGACGGGGGAUUCUCGUGGUCUUGCAUAGGGGUGUAAAUUAAUUGCACAUUUUGGUCUCACUUAGAAUACUCAUGUAGAUAUCGUUUAGGGUUGUGUGUGAGGAAAUAUUUUCGAAUAAAAAAUAACAUCAAGACUAAGCAAAAGAACAUCCUCAAGCCCGAUAAAAUCACUAUGGCAAGGAUGUUUGUUUUCCUGUUUUAGUAACAUGUCUUUUAGGGGUAAAAUAAACCCAGACCAUCGUGAACCACACCCAGACUGGUCACCCCUUUAGGCGCUUAAUUGUUGUUUUCCGACGAACACCCCCAGAGGGGAUACUUUCUUAUAUGAGGCUAAUAGUGAUAAGCUGCUGGAUGGGACCGCAUUUUUACGACUGGAUUUACUAUAAUAGGGUCGCUUUUUCAAUAUAGUUACUAGAAUGGGGUCGCACAUUUUCGAAUUUUUGGGGGUAAGACAGUUCUUCAUAUCUACAGUCAGCAAGCGUAUAACCAGAAUGUUUGUACUUUAGGUGAAAAGUAAAGUGUUCUUCAUUCAAUUUAAAAAAUGGGUCAAUUUAUUAAAAUAGAAAGUGACUAAGUUGAAAUCGCGAAAAUUACAUAUUUGACCCAAAGUGACUAAGAUGGGGUCUAUAAUUGGCCACAGAACAGACUAUAAUGGGGUAGGGGCACUGAGAGGCCAGCGGCACAUACCCAGCGAAAAUUAUAUUCACUAUAUUCAUUCUGAAUCAAUUGCUCUUUGUACAAUACUCUAGACUACAUAAGUAAGAAAGAACUUACAAUGAUUUGUGCUUUUUUCCACUCUUCCACCAGUCUUCUGUGCUGAUGUGUAUGAUAGCGAUUCAUGCAAUUCAAUAAAGAAUCUGGGAUAUUGUCAAAAGUUUCCAAACAGCAUGAGGACAACGUGCGGGAUCACGUGCAACUUAUGCGGUAAUCACUUAACCUAACAUCAGAUCUUCAAAUUUGUUUUGGUCUCAUUAGGGAACAUUAGACUGCCUUAAGUAUUAACCUUAAUAAACCGUGAAACUAGCUUGAAGUCAAGGAUAACCUUCACAUGCGAAUGGUUUUAAUGAUAUAUGCUCCUUCUUUUGUCUCGACUCCAAAGCUUCUGGCAAGAAAGCACCGCCUAGUUUACUGCCAGAUUUUCGAAUACAGUCUUUCUUUCGCCUUUAUAAAAGAGCGCAUUAAUUGAAAUUUUACUACCCAGUUAUUUAAUUUACCAUUUUACAUAUUUUACAUGCCCCUUGUUUUUUUGUGGUCUGCUUGUAUCUCACAUUCCGCCAAUUUAACACACCUUCUAGCGACCAAAAAUUUCCCACUCGGUCCGACCACCUCUGGCAGAGAUGGUCAUCAUUACUUCACUAGAAAGCUUAAGCAACAACAAAGGCGACGGCUACGAGAACGAUACUUUGAAGUAAAAGGUGAAUUCACGCUGCUUUAAACUUUAUCGCGCUUAUUUCAUCUGUUCAAUUCGUCAAAUGUUGGCGAAAUCGUAUGGAUCGGAGUUGAAUUCUAAGGGACUGUAUCGAAGUUCGGGAAAAGAAAAACAAUUAGUCGCUCUCUUGUGUUCACGUCCCUUAGUAUAGUUCAGGAUGGUUCAAGUUCACGUCGUAUUCGUGCAACGAAGGAAACUGUACAAACAUGUGUGCUGCACGUGCAGAGUUGUUGUUUUGCUUAUCUAAACUUUUGCAUUUUUGCCGUUCUUGUUGCCGUCACCGUCGUCGUUGCUUAAGCUUUUUUUUUGUGUUCCACAUCUUCCUUUUCACUUUCAAGUGAAUGGCCGCCCGUCUUCUGACCCACUUGAAGGAAAUUCCACGUCACUCUGUCAGAUUUUAGUGACAAAAAGGUUCAAACUCCUGGGAAAUUAACUGAAUCGCCUGUCUCAGCUUUUAUUAUAGCACGUUCUCCUUAUCUUACAAUUUAACCAAUUUACCAUCAAAAAUGUUUUGAGCCCACAAAAAUUGAGCUAAAAGGUUUACUCCCUUUAUGUGCACUUUAAACAUUCGCGACAGAAACGUGAGAUUAGUUAACCUUAAUAAUAUCUUGACAUUCUCUAACCUUUCACUAAUCACUAACGCUCCCUUGCUUUAACUCUUUAAGUAUUGAACGAAGUGAUUUAAAGGGCAUAUGAUUUACUGAUUUUUGAAAAGGAUAUGUGAUCUUGAUUCUUACGUUUCUCUAAAGUUGAAAAACUAUCACGAAACUAUUGCAACUGAUAAUUACAGUCUCUAAUUUUGACCACAAGCCAACCUAAUAUUCAUUCCUCUCACGCAUCAAUUAGUUUAUUUCUUUAAAAUAUCAAGUGAAUGAUUCGUAAAAGAUUGAAUGAAAUUGCCUGACUGUAUAGUCUACAUAACACAAAAGUCUCAUAGCACUUUCAGUCAGUAUUAACUUGAUUAUCAUAAAAAAGAAAUUGGACCAUCAUUUUGCAUCAUAAUGCAUGAAACUAGUUUCAUUUAUUCCAUCUACUUAUUUGACAAAAAGUAGUACGAUCAAUAUGACAUUAUUUAACUUGUAGGAACCAAUCGCCAUCAACCUAGAGGGUUGAAACGGCAGGCAAAGCGGAAAAGUUUGGUGAACAAACUGAAGAGCACUCCGGCUUUCAACGGGGACACCGCUUUGAAAAGAACUUUGCCUGCUACGCACAGCUAAAUGGGCUCAGAUGUUUGAUUCUGAGCGAGGUACAUUUUGUGUCAUUUUACCAAAACAGGUUAAACUGCAUUUUAAGGCAGUAGAUUUGCCUCGAUUGAACUAACUUUACCCAGAAUAACAGUGUGCUACACUAACCACACGUUAACCAACUAAAUAAAUCCAAACCUAAAGUAACCAUUAAUAACCUGUACUUAGAGAGGAACUCACUAUAGUGAAAAUUUAAAAAAAUAUAUUUAUUCGAUAAUCAUGCGCAGUAGGCGAAUAAUAUAAAGAAACUGAAAUCAAUGAUUAAAUGACAUAAUAUGAAUAUAAAAAUUUUGCUUCAAAACUAUAGCUAACUAAAUGGUUUUGCACAAAUUCAGUAUUAAUUUUGGUAAAUAUAAAUGGACCCACAAGCCCAAUAUUUAUUGUUGUUUUAAUCAAUUCCUAUAUUUAUUUGUGAGCAUUUGGAUAUUGUAGGAGAGAGCGAUCAAUAAGAACUCCUAUGUCAAAUUUGUUUGUCAAGGAUUUUAAAAACAGCAUUCUCUUGCAGCAGAUAACAGUGUUAAUAUAAGGUGUGACUCUGUCAAAACUCUUUUGGGUCUAAGAAGUGUUCCAGGGCGGGUUAUUAUAAUAACACCUUUCGCUCUACCAGCCUACUACCCUGCGAGCAGAGGCCCUUCUAUCUUCCUAUCUAGGAAGAUCGAAGGGCCUCUGCUCACAGGGUACCAGCCUACAGCUCAGUAGGGUUGAAAAUUUCGUCUUACAUUGACGAUAUAACAGGUAUGGAAUGAGGCAAACAUUUAACCCAGGGAUUCAGACGAACUGACAUGAAACUGCUUAAUACGUUGUCGUAAACAUAUAUGAUCUGCGAUAAAUGCAACCGACAAAACAGAGUAACGUACAAGUCUAAUAUAAUUCUCAAUGAGCCUCUUGAAUAAAAAACUUGAUGUCGCGAUCCGAUACAUUUUUAGUCUCCACAUGUACAAAGCAAAAAAAAAAAUCAAUGAACGUCUUAACAAUCAAUCUCAUUUCUUUUUUCAUAGCAAUGAGUGGUCGAAAGAAGGAUUCGCUGAAGAAGGAGUAGCCGGAGCGUAUCAUCUGUCACUUUCAGUCACCAUUCGUACACUUUUUCUGAAUAAAUCAUUUUUAGUUUUUUCUCUUCAUCUAACUAGAAAAAUAUUUUUGUGUCAAAAAAUGUUCUCACCGUAAGAAAAGAUCUUCCUGACACCCUGUCACUUGAAAGGGAUAGUCAGAUAAAUUAAAUUCCUAGUUAAGAUUUUGAGUUGGAUCUUUGAAUUGGGUUAUGAAAGUCUUUUCAUGCUAACUACCAAAAAUAAAUGUAACUGUCAAAAAAAAAAACCUUCAAUGGACUAUUUGUUAUUUUUUCCUCUACAAAAAUAAAUUGAAGAAUUCUUUUAUCAAGCUUCUUCCCUCCCCAUCUUUUCAGUAAGCCUUAUAAAAGAGCGAUCUUAACUCGAAAUUCGGACUCGAUAAUUCGAACAACCUAAAAAUCCAGGUAGAAAAUCCAACUGGAAAUCCUAACUCGGUGAGUAGGUGGAUAUCGAAAUGACAAAAUUAAUAGCGACCAUUAGUUAAUAGAAUGAAUGAUCCUCGUAGCUCAUAAUGACUGAAAACUUGCGGUAGUGAUAAAAAAUGGCAUGUUGCAUUUUAUUAGGUUUUCUUUGCAUCGGAGUAGGAAUAUUAGCAAUUAUUGAAUGAGACUGAGAAGGAUUUGAGGAAUUAUGCAGAUCGAGGAGGAUGUUAUCCACCGGGGCUUAAGGCCGAGAUGUAUAAUAUCUUCUGAACUAAAUAAUUGUUUUUAAUUAUUAUUCGUUCAAAAUAUUUCUAAGUUCUCAAAAUGCUUACCUCCUCGUAGACCGGCUUUCUUCAAAACUUUGGCCUAUUUCUCUGCUCGGUUUCAGAAUGUAAACAGAUGUUUAAUUUUGCAGAGAAGCCUCAAAAGGUAAAUGACAUCCAUCGAGCAAUAUGUAUUGCGUAUUCUUGCAUUUCAUCCAUCCAUUUUAAGUCAGAAGUUAAGCUAUUUCGUCUUCGAAUAGCUGUGACCGCCGUUUUUUAGUUCACUUUUGCCCUAGCAGCCUUGUUUCCAAUCAGAUGUACCAUCGAAUCGAUGGUGUAUUGCUUGUAUCUUCCAAAUAUGGUAAGCGCCCGUUGGUUAUGGAAAAUUGGCACGGGCAUUGAAGCCAAUCAAAAACCGCAAAAUAUUUUGAAUGAAUAAUAAUAAACAUUAGUCAAGAGUAGAAUCGAGGCAUAACCUGUUGUCAGUGUUUUUGUCAUGCAUUUACCAGCUCCCUCUUCCCAAAUCGAGGAUAGAGGGCCUCGGUAACGUGGGCAAUUUCAGUACAACUCUUGAAAAAAUGCUGCUACAAAGUAUUUUAAUUUUAUUCAUUUGUUUUGGAAUUUGCGGUGGUUAGUUUAAAAGCUAUGCUCCUUUAAUCACCGAGCUCUUUUUGUUAGGACUGUUCUACAGUGUUCUAUCUUGGUUUUUCUUCUUUUAAUAUCUUAUUUCUUAAUUAGAUUCUUUUUAAAUGUAACAUCAUAAAAUGUGAAUAAAUAAGUAGCCUGAACUUAACUGGCUGGGGCUGAAAUCUAAGAGUUUAAGGAACAGUACUAGUGGUGACUGAGUUUACUUUCUGUGUACUCUUAUAUUAUAUCAAAUAAUCGGAAGUGCAAGGGACAGGUCCCGAUGGCAAAAUGGGUACCCUUACCAAACGUCUCACUGUCUGAAGAACAAGUCAAAGAGCAGAAAUUCCCUUGACACGUCACCACCCAGAUCUUUGUAGUGCUUCUGAUUGGAUAACUGAAGCAAAUUUUCAACCAAUCAGAAGCACCGCCUAGAUCCGGGUAGUAAUCGUCAUCAGUACCUCACGAAAUGUUAGCUCUUUUCUCAUGUUUCUCACUCUCAGUUUGAUACAAGAAACAAAGUUUUAUUUUCAUGAUAACACUUUCUUACAACUGAAAAGCAAAAUUAAAUUAGUUAAGUCGAGAAAGAGGUGUGGUUGUGUAGGUAUGACCGAAGUUCAAAAUCCACGUUUGUAGAAAUUUAGACAAGAAUUUUUUUUUGAAACUCACUGAGUAUUGUAUAUUUAAGUUUAAUUAUUAUAUUUUUAGAAUGUCCGUAGCAAGGACUAGAGAAGGUAAAACUAAUAAAAUUGGUAUUGUUGCAAAUUGCAUGGAAGCUCAGGAAAACAGAAAAGUGUAGAGCGGAGGAAAUUUAAACUGACGUUUGCUCUUGAAUAAUAGUCCAAACUUUUAGCUCGUUUUUGUUUUGUUUUGUUUUUUGUUUUUUUUUUUCCGGAAUAUUUGAUACUUCUAUUUAUUCAUUGUGCACAAUAAAAAGGAAAGGAGGAAUCGGGAUUUGGAAGCUUGUUAACUAUUGAUGACUGUGGUUUUAACCUGCCCCUCAGCUUCUUGGAUUACAAGCAAACGGGUCAAGUCGGUCAAGUUAGGCCUUAAGUUAUACUGUAUUACACUUUGUUUUCAGUUCCGAGCUUUCUCCGAACCACGAGCAUCAGGUUUGCGUGGCACAAAUACAAGGUAGAUGAUAGGUGACUGGCCUGUCAGGCGUAGGGUUGACCAAGGGCAGAUUAGGGGUGGACCGAGGGGGCCGUGGCCACUCCUUUUUCUUUGAAAUUUUGUAUUAUUUUUUAUGGAACUCUCAGAAAAAUAAAAGGUAUCUAUAUAGUUGGCAAGUGGGCAAGUGUCCCUGUCACCCCCUUUCUGAGUUUUCUGGAUGCGCCCCUGCUGACAGUUGCCAAACUAACGUUUCCACAACCUGUACCUGAGUAGUCAACUUAACAGUCCAAAAAGUACUGUCUGAUUGGUCAAUCUGUUAACUAGUCUUUUGUCCGUUAAGCCUUGGUUUUAUUGGCUAUGUAGCCUUAACGUGAGUGGUACGUUUCUACGGGUCUUUGGUAUUGUAAUGAUGAUCAUUGUAUCAUAUUUAAUUGGUGUUUUUUUUGUUCAUUCUGUUGUUCUCAGUUUUGCUUGAGUUUGUCGAUAAGUUGUUUGUAAGGUGCCAUUAACUGCUGGCUACGAUUUUUCGACCUGUGUUCCAAGGUUAGCGGCUGGUUAUCAAGCCAGCUUGUUCUAUAGUGAGUCGAUGGACAAGUUAUAAUUUGAAGCCUACGUAAUGCAUUUAGCUCAGUAUACAGAUAAUGCAGGGCGAAAGAAACAACAAUAAACGACGAGUAAAAUGGUAAGAACAAAAGAUAAAAGAGUGGAUGAUUAUCACUAAAACAAAAAUAUGCCAAGCUCUAUGCUUUUCCCUCUGGAAUGGAGUUUGGUUAAAAAAGCUUAUAACAAUCAAAAGUAAAAUGCUUCAAACAAUCGCAAGUUGACGACAGGGUCUAGAGUAAGUCAUAUAGUUUACAGCGUUUAACUACAGGUAAGUUGACAGUAUAGCAUCCCCCGGAGACAUAAAAACUAAACAGUUCAAUUAUUCAAUACCGGUAUGAGGUAUGCCGCUUGCACGCUUUACAGUUGCGAGUAUCAAUUCGCCACGAGCAAAUAACCAAUUAGAAAUGCCACUUGACCUUUCGAAGAUCGCAACGAUAUACAAAUGCUACUCUCAUUUAUCACAGCUCAUUUAUUUCACAGCAAAUGAUGUUUCUAUAGCAAAACCAUAAUUUUCUAUUCAAAAAUGUCGAUUAAUGGUAGUAUAAGAGUUCUGGGUCUCAUGAUUUGAAGCUAGAUGUGGUCACGAUCGAUCACGCGCAUUCGCAUAAAAGAAUAAAUCAUCAAUUGAUAUGCAACUAAAAGAAAUCGAACGCGUUUAGGACGCCCCACACUCCCUGGCGCAUGCUGACAUAAUGAUUGUAACAGACUUUCUUUUUUUUUUAUUAAGUGUUACUACGUACGCAUACUCGAACGAUUCUACCUCUUGAAUAGAUCUGAGUAGUUGUUUUAAUUUUCGUUUAUCCUACUGAGUUACAGAAAAGAUUAUAACUAAGAAGACUGGAAGGUAACUAUUAUAAGUGAUUGUUCCUCGCGAUUAAAUUCUAAGCGGUACCAAACAGCAGUUUACUUUUGAGGCUAGUCGUUUGGCAAAAAAAUACCCUCUGGUUCUUUAGUAACAACUGGAGACUUUGACCGGUAGGAGGCUAUGGAACAAACAUUGAAAUGUCGCUGGUGAAGGUGGGGGGAGGGGAAGGGGAUGUUUUUUGGCCCUAAAAAACUUUAAAGUUGACCAUUUAAAACCUUUCAAGUUAUGACCGUCAAAUUUAGCUUAGGUGUUCGUCAACAUUGACGUUACCUUGGCAACCGAGUUUUUUAAUAGCCUUUUUUUCAAAAUUAGCAUUUUUUCUAGAUUUCUUGUUUGAAUUAUCUUUAAACUUUAUCUAGCGUUCGUUGAUCAAUUUUGUUUACAACUGCAUGACUGCUCAUGCAACCCAAGCUUUUCAGAUACUAAUUUAAGAAAAACGUGAAUUUGAAAUGGCCUUAUGUCAGGUCAAUCUCCCGCGUCCCUAGCGCUUUUCCCUUUUUGGGUCGGCGGAGACAGAGCAAAUUAUGAGUAAGUAAGCAAUACGUACAUGGGGCUAGUUGUGAAUUAAUUUAUAGUGCAGGAUCUGCUGCUGACAAAUGGCGGAUUAUACAACUAUAAGCAAUUAAACUAUAUAGAGAUAUUCUCUUUAGCUAAAAGAUAGCAGUAACCAAGAAUGAAAGAAUGCGUUAGCGGUUGCUUUGUGCAGCUGCGAUAUACCGCGUAUUUCUAUUAGACAAAAGCAAAGUUGGUGGCGGUUGAGGUCAUGCAGUAUUUACUAAGACAUUCACAUAGCGGCCAUAUUCUAUUAGGUCACUGUUAUCUGUAGACAAGCGCUAACAGACAAGGGAGGAUCCUACCGAGAGAGACUCCUAUCAAGGGAGGCUCGUCCAAAAUAUAUAUAACGGAGAGAUUUCUUCUUAUAUUUACUUAAACCUCUAUAUUCAGUUAUAUAUUAGUGAAAGGAUAUAUGGAUACAUUUGGCAAAGAAGCUCUUGAAACCCAUAACAAGCUCCGUGCAGCUCACCAGGCGCCCGCUCUCAAGUGGUCUAGCGCCCUUGCUCGUGACGCCGAAGUCUGGGCCAAACAAAUAGCACGAGAUGGUCGCCUUCACCACGACAACACCAGCGACGGAGAAAAUGUGUUCAUGGUUUUUGGACGAGAAAUUGACGGAAGUGAUGCCGUGAACAGUUGGUAUAGUGAAGUAAAGGAUUAUGAUUUCAAUAAGCCUGGUUACCAGCCGAAAACAGGUCACUUUACACAAGUUGUCUGGAAAGGUAGUGAGGAACUGGGAAUAGGCAAGGCCAAGAGUGCUGAUGGGAAGAUGUUCGUGGUGGGUCGUUAUCGACCGGCAGGAAAUAACCUGCGAGCCUUUCAAGAAAAUGUUUUCCCAUCAAAGGUGCGUAUUGAGGCGGACAUAACAUUUUUUGCUUUUCGUGCUUGUGGUUUGAAACUACUCUGUGAUAAUGCUAGCAUCUUUCGACUUUAUCAUUCAACUGCUACUAGAGUUAUUGUUUCAAGUGGUUUAACCACUUCGAAAAGGGUUGAAAUACAGAAAUGUCGUGUGAUUCUUACUGAACCACUUGAACAAUACGUGCGCUCGGUGUCUGUCGAAUACUUCUUUAAUCGUCUUAGGAACAAAGCAAAUUCAAUUAACGUCUUUUAAAAAGACAACUUUAUUUGAUUUUUUUUUUACAGUAAUGAGUUGAAUCGUUCCAAGAAGGAUUCGCUGAAGAAGGAAUGAAUAAGUUGACUCAUUUAUUUCCUAACGCCACCUGUCCGAAAAAUUAACAUUUUCUUCAUUCUUUUGUUCUUUUCUUUAUUUGUGCAACUGGGUUGGCGCUCUAUUGUCUGUAAAAAAUUAAAUGAUACUAGUUUUGUCAUAAGAAUGUAGCCAGGAAGAGAUACUUGAAACAAAUAAAAGUGGUAUUGUCGCGAAGUGUUAGCAGUAGAGGUGAAAGUGGUUGAGUUCAGUUUAUAAGAAAAGUGGAAGUAAACACUGUGACGGUCCAGGACAACAAGUUUCUUGCAAAUAUUUGGAACUUUCCAUCCAUCUUUGUGCAUGACAAACAUCAUGAAGGAAGAAAAUUGGCGAAUUGAAAAUCGCGAUUACUAGCCGCUGUUGAUGACUGGACUAAAGUAAAGCAAUGUUGUUGGAAAGUUUAACCCGCAAUCACCACAGAAAUACAAGCCGAACCAAGCAAAAUCGUUGCCACGUCGCUCGCAGGCUACUUGCACCGCUUGCAGUUGGUUGCUCGCGGAAGACUCUGGCAAAACUCGUGCGGCUACACAGCCGUUACAUCGUUCACUCUCCCGUAAACUGCGUUAGCGGAUCGUUACUAAAACGGGGAAGAGGCCGGGAGCGGGGAACUAGUAGGUACGUACGGGGAACGGGAAAAUGAAAAAAUGGAACACAACCGAGAAUUGGAAAUGAGGUUACUGGUAGAGCAACAAGUUUAAAGGGGCACCCAACAAUGGUUUCCUCCUAAAUACAUUUAAAACACUUUUUAGGCUAUCCAGAGUACUUUCGGAUAUCUAGAAAUACAUUCUAACUGGAGCUAUAAACUGAUUUGUAUCUGUUCGAGGCCCAGGGAACUUGAGUUUUUUCGAAAUUACAAGGGCUUGAGUAUUAUUUUUUCAAACAUUUUAGAUGAAAUUUGACGUAUUACGAAAGUGAGACAUUUUCUGAUUCCUCUCGCCAUCACAUUUUUGAAUCCGAAAAAUUUAGGUUCCCCUUUUUCUACGAAAAAUAGCCUAACUUAGGAAGUAAAAUGUGAAAAUUAAACUUCUGGAAAUUGUAGGGGAUAUAUUUAUAAAGAUAGGAAAUUCUAGGCAAUAUUCGCGUCUCCGAACAGAUAUUUUACAGGGAAAACAGUCGUUGGUUUUCCCUGAAGUUAUUACGUUUUGUUCCCAUAUUUCACUUUCCUGUUUGGUAACAUCCACGUUACCAGACGAUUGCGUCACACAAAAAUUAUUAACUCACCACGAGCAAAUAAUCAUUAAUAAUGCGACCUAACUGUUUCGCGAAAAGAUGGCAACAACACACGAACACUGUUUGCCUAAAAGGGUUCCGCGCAGCUGAAUCUGUUUCCCGCAAAAACAUAACAGGAUAAAACAUCCUUACUGUAAAAUAAAGGUGUUAUGGCCCCAUAGGAUGUCCAUCAGACGUGUGUGAUUGCGAUAUGGAACGACCACGCGCAUUCGUAUAAAAGAAUAAAUUAUCAAUACAAUUGAUAUGCAAAUAAAAGAAAUCGAACGCGUUAAACAAAAUUAUUAACACAAUCACCAGACGACUGACUUGCACAUUCUUUUGUUUCAGCUUAAGCCUUAAUCUUCAGUUAUUGCAUAUUCGCACGAUUCUACCUCUCGCGCAUUGCUUUUAUCCGACUAUAAAGUCAAAACUGUAACUGCGAAAAGGUAUUUAGAAGACGAGAAGGUAAGUAAUUUAAAUCAUGAUAGUGAACUGUCCAAGUGAACUCUUGAGCUGCGAGCGACAGACACAUAUAUAACACACUACUUUUCAGGCCACUCGUUCGCCAAACAAUUUAGCUUAGAGUGACUUAAGACUUUGCUAUUGGGAAUGACUUAGUGAUAAGUCUUCAGAUAGGAAGAGAAGGAAUAGAUUUAUUAAUAUAUCUGUUUUUGGGACAUACAUAUUAAUUUCUAACAAAACAUACCUUCGAAGUCUUGAAAAUACUGUACUCCAUAUUCAAAUAUUCCAGGAACAAAACCAAAUUCAGGUUAUAUAAUACUUAAGCUGUUGGUCUGGUGCUCUCACUGUGGUACGUGUACCACUGGGUUUAAUUUUUCUUAGAUCACGCUGUCAGUCGACAAGAGAGCUGUCACCUUUGCACAUUAAAAAGUAGGUCUGCAAUGCGUAUAUGUCGGUAGUGCUCAAAAAGUCUGCAAAUAUAUACCCCCCUCUCAUCGCUCCCGUCACCGGACACUGACCGGAACGUUUCGGGAGAUCGAGAACAGCUAUCCAACUGAUUAUAAAUAAAAUUUUAGCUUAGGAAACUUAGUUGAUAAUAAGUCGAACUUGCAUGCUUUUUUAACUGAUAAUGAUGCCCUCGCUUUUCCUUGCCUCCUGCUUGUUCGAAGAACCCCAAGUAGCGAUUUGUUUACAAAUAUACUGUGGUUUUGUUUGUUGUACAAAACCUUACAUUAGGAGAAAGAGAAAUGGAUGUAUUUUCAAAGACUGCUCUUGAGGCUCACAACAAACGACGUUCGGCGCACAACGUGGCGGCGCUAAGUUGGUCAAAUGAUCUUGCAAGGAGUGCACAAGUGUGGGCAAACAAACUAGCCAAAGAGGGGAAACUCAAACACGAGCAGCUGAAAGGUGUUGGCGAGAAUGUGUUUAUGUCAUCUCAGGGCUUUGAUACGGCAGCAGAAGAGGCCACGAAAUCUUGGUAUUCAGAGGUACAGUGAUGUCAAUCGAUGCUUUGGCAUUGGCGGAUCCUGAGGACCAAAAGGAGGUCCGGAGGGCCGAAAAAAUUAUUUUGGAGACUGCCCCCCUUAUCUCAGGGUCUGGAUGAACCUUAAACCCCCUUAUCUGAAGGUCAUCGCAGUUGUCCUUUUUGUAAACGGUCUCCGCCAUUUUUAAGACGCUUAGAAAAUUUUUGACCGGUUAUUGAGAGUGUACCUUUUAAAACGAACGAAAAUCGCAACCCAGGGUGGAACCCGGACCUCCAACCUGGACCGUUCGUAUCCUAAUCUCUCUCCUUUACCACACCAAUCCUCCAAAAUUCUGAAAAAUCUAAGUACAUAAACUAGUAAACUGUUUUUAUUAACUGAUUCACCAAUAACAAGUGACCCUAGCACUUUUCAUAACUUUUGACGUAAAUUCAACUUGGGCUUCAACGUCGUUCUUUCUAAGACUACUCAAAAACGUAUUAUUUGCCUUAUUGUAACUUAAUCCAGGGAAUAUAUUGCAUCUAUCAUGACUAAAGGCUUGGUAAGCAUAGGUGGCAUCGACAGUGGCAACGAUUGUUUACGAAAAGGAAAUAGGCUCGCCAUUAUAGUAGCACUAGUUUCAGGGGCACCAAACGAGAAUAUUGUUCAAAACCACUCAAAGUAGCAUUGUUAAACGUAUUUUAGUAUUUAAACGGUACUGACAUAGGCAUAUUUUUGUAGCCUAAAAAUUUUUCAUCUGUUCGGAUUUCCUAGCUGGAAGUCUAGUGAUCCGAAAAUUAUAGGGAUCAAAACUUACCUUUUCGAAAAUUUCAGCCAGAUAAAAAGCUCCCGAAAAUUCUAGGUGACCUUUUUAGGGUAAAAAUCCGUUAAAAAUGGGCAAUUAUACCAUGUUCGAAAAUCCUAGGAGAGGCAGGCAAGCAAGAAAUUUUAUAAAAAUGUUCUCAAAUCAUCUUCUGAACAAAUAUUUUCCGAAAAUUGACGUUGGGUGCCAAUGUGCUCAUGUGUUCUCAUACUGAUAUCCUCUAGCUGUUUGGCGGAUACCAUAAUAUUUUCCUGCUUUCGUACGAUAGAUACAACGGUAUGAUUUCAAGACAGGAGGCUAUCAGUCAGGAACUGGUCACUUUACUCAGGUGGUGUGGAAGGACUCUGAGGAGCUGGGGAUGGCUAGAGCCAAAAGUGCCGAUGGAAGCGUGUUUGUUGUAGCCAGAUACCGUCCAGCGGGAAAUAACUUGAGCUCCUUUGAUGGAAACGUCCUUGCAAAGGUGGGUUAGUCGAUUUGACUUAGGUCCCGUUUAUAUGGGGAAAACUUGUCCCGGGUUGAACAGUUACUCGCCUAGUACCCGAGCUACUGUGUCUCCGCCAAGGGUGGGUACUUUAGGAAUUUCUCGGUGGGGAUCCCUGGAACCCUGGAACCCUUAACCUAUACCAGAGCUAGUUCAGCUGAAUUUUGCUACCCUAUACUAGAGUAAACUCCCCAAAUCCCCCCUAUCCUAGAGUAGCUGUUUUCCAGAAACUACUGAGGUCACUAGCACAGUAGUCUAGCCAGAACAAAACCUUGUACCACAAUCCCUAGUCUAGAUAAAAUCUUCAACCAACUGAUCAGUUUCCUGAAAAAUUAUACCCUAUUCUACACCCAAACGCCGCUGUUGAUUUACAUACCCUAUCCUAGAGUAAAUUGCUUGAAAACCAUACCCUUCGCAGCGGCACAUACCUAUAUAGCCCAUAUAUCGCAGUACCCUCCCCCCCCGGGAUUGUGGCUACGUUGGGCGAGCCACUGAAUAUCCUUUUUACAAGAGAAACAAAAAGAUGGCUCUGCUAGUGGGUGACCCGGACAAUUUAUUCAAAUAAACACUUUGGCUCACACCCAGCCAGGUCAACUCGGUCAAGGCGAAACAAUCAGAGAAUGCGCGAGUGCUGUUGUCAAAGACAUAGAGUCGGUUGUUUGAACGAAUUGCCUUGGUUUAAGAAAUCUUUGGACCUCCCGAUCUCUUCCGUGAUGGGCUAUUUCAAGAAGAUAAAUGCUAUUGUAGUCUACCCAUUAUUCAUAAAACUGUUCACGGUAAAUGAUUCUUAGAUAAAAGCAUCGGGCAAACUUAAAAUAGUUUAGAACGCGGUUUUGUUAAACAUUGUCUGCCUAAACUCCAUUUAAAUAACCGGCCCAUAGUGUCUUGUGUGAGCCUGUGGCUACCCUCCUGUUCUGUCAGCUGACUUAGAGCUGUGUAAUUUAUUGCUAUACAAGUAUCUUUACUUUCUUUUAUUUUCCUCCUUUUUUUGUUAAACCAAACCAGAUCUUCUCCGACGAAGAGAAACCACAAGGUAAGUUACCUUUGAUUUAAAUGAUCAGGUUUAAAUUAAUAGCAUCCUAUUGAAAUGAAAAGUGGAAUUUAAAGAGAAUUUUGAAUGAUCUUGACAGUGGUGGUAAUGAUAAAAUUUACGUUAUUUCCCCGACUUUUUUUCUCCCUUUCAUUAAGAAAAAGCAAAUAUUCCUAAGGAAACCUUGUCCAGCGUGAAGGAAGAGCCAUCAAAGGAUAUAAAAACCAUUCCUAUUUCUCCUCUAGGUGGUAAGUAUGAUAAUCAUGAUUAUUCUAAUAAUAUGCGUUAUAAAUCGAUCCAACGUUUACGUAGUCUGCUACACAGCCGUUUUUGAAGCAGACUUAAUUUUAAGCCGGCGGCACUGGAGUCCUUAGUUACUGAUUUUAAUGGAAGGAGACAGUUAAGAACUUUGAAGUUUAAGCUCGUUUGAAGUAUUAUUUUUUGACGACAGGAUAUUCCCAGCUGGUCACCCAACCAGUUUUUAACACCGACCGGCAGGGCUCAACUUGACUGCAAAACCGAGUAAUUAACGAGGGUUUGCGCGUCGUAUUGUUACUGUCUCACUUCUUCAUCUCGCCUGUUCCCCUGGGAAUUUCUCAAACUUGCAUUUUUCUCCUCGAGCACUUAAUUGGUCAAUGGUAUGAUCUUGUCUUCAAAUACAGUUUUAUUUAGGAACUCGAGGCAUAAUUUUUACACAAGCAUAUUCCUGUAUUUCAGAUGCUUUUAUUGAGAAGGUGUUACAAGUGCACAACGAAUUACGUUCCCUUCACAACGUGCCUCUUUUAAAGUGGUCCUCUUUACUAUCAAGCGAGGCGAAAGUUUGGGCUGAGAAGUUGUCGAAGAGUGGUGAACUGUGUCACGCAAGUAAAGAAGAAAGAAAAUAUAAGGGUGAAAACAUCUGUCGCAUGUCUAGCCACUACGAUGCUGCUGAUGCUGUAAGAGUAUGGUAUUCAGAGAUUAAGAACUAUAAUUAUGACUUACCAGGGUUUAGCCUUGAUACAGGUCAUUUUAGCCAGAUUGUGUGGAGAGAUACCCGUGAAGUUGGGGUGGGAACGUGUAAGAGUCCAGAUGGGAGACUGAUGUACAUGGUAGCUAGAUACAAUCCUCCGGGAAAUGUGCUAAAAAAGUUUCAAGAAAAUGUUACCCCUCUAGCUAGCUGAAACAAAUUAAACGUGAGCAUGGAGGUGUUUUAGCCAUUAAUAGUAAACGCGUGUAGCGACCAGUCGGUUGAUAAACCAUGCCCGAUUUAUAAAUAGCUGCUAUAGACUUAUCAGCAGGAGUUAAAGUACAAUAGUGUGCAGUGAUGAUCCACUAAAACGCAUUAAAAUAUACAUUAUGAAAAAGUAGUUUUCUUAUUUAAGUGCAUUGGGCCUGUAUUGACUUUGGUAAUGAUACUAGACAUAUUCAUCGGUAAGAAAAAAGCAUUACGUUUUAAAAGCUAAAAGAAGUUAUUAAGUAAUUAAUAACUUACAGUCACCUCGGUGUUUGAAACUGGUCUUUAAUAGAGGAAGUAUAUUUAUCGAUGUUAAUUUAGACCAUGUCGAAAUAAAGCUAUUAGGCACAGGCUAAAUCUUUUUGUCUGAUUUUCGUUUGUUUGUUUGCUGUUUGUUUUCGGUAUAGAUAAGUGAUUUGGAUUUUUUUUACAUUUUGGGUAUUCGCAUUCGUAGGCGUUAACACAUCGGUUAAUCUUAGAACAUUCAUUCUCAAGAAAGAAGUCUCUAGACACGCAACCAACUGUUGGGUGUGGAGGACUUAAUUCGGGGUCAUUAACUGAAUCUGCAUGCGUUGGCAAAACAAAUCCGGUACUUAGAAUGAAUUUUCAGGAUUCGCUAGGAAUGCGUCAGGAGGUAAAAGUCUCUUCCGGUGUAUUGAUCGAGAACCUGGUAAACAAUUGUAGACAGAGAGUUUUAAUUCCACUCCUGCCAUUCGGAUGAGCCUAUACGUUCAAUAUGGACUUAACACCACGUACAGUGGCUAGAGAUCGAGAUUUCGUGCAUUAGAGUGGAAGACAAGCCCGAACACCCUUCUGAAGUAAAACUAAAUUAUUGAUCAACAUGUCUUCCGUCAUAAAUUUGUCUCAUAUGACUUAAUCAAAGGGGAUAUACGAACCGCGAAGUCAAUAUUCAGGAGGAUUGAAUCCUAUGUAACGGAUCGAAGAAACUAGAAAUUUCAGAACUUAAACCUUUCCCUAGCUUCAGCUAAUUCUUAGCCUACGUUUUGAGCUAUUUUUGUUGAACAGGUCUUAAAAUGAAGAAAAAAGUUGAAGAAUUUCCUAGUAGACAUGCGCACGUACACAAUACUACUAAGUAAGGACAAGUUCAAAUCUGGUGAAAAUGUCAUGAAGCAAAACUUUUUAACACAGUAGACGCCGUAUGAGGCAAUAAGUUUUGUCCAAUAAAAUGCACUAAAUAUAUCACUGAAAUCACCUAAAAAGUGGGUCAGACGAAGGAAACUUUGCCGGAUUUCAAACCACGUCACUUAUCAACUAAAUUAGGAAGCAUUACGACAGUCAUGCAUUACUUAGAGCAUAGUGGUACUGCACGCAUGCGCAAGCCACUUGUACUAUAACGAGGCUUCAGUGUAACAGAAUUUCGCAAGUCGCACAACCAAUUUUUAUGGCAUAAACUUCAGACUGGUUAAAACUGAGCGGAGAUAUAUUGUCGUAAAUUAUGCUUGAUAGCAUCAUCCACGUUUUUGACAAGAUUUAGUUGAAUCGCUUUCAAAAAGUUUAUUAUAAACUACAACAGAAUUGCUACAUAUUGCAACAGAAGCUAGUUGUUGCAAAAUGCGACAACUUGUAACUGGGACACUGUUUAUUAGAAAUUUCGAGAGGUAUUACAAAGUUAGAUGAUUAUAUAUAAUCAUCAAAUCGUUACUAUGUGCUUUUCUUAUAUAUAUGUAUAUAUAUAUAUAUAUAUGUAUAGACCAGUAGGUGAACUACUCAAAUCCUGAGUGCAUGGGUAUUUAAUACAAGCCUGUUUCGUAGGCCACCGAAAAGGUGACCCACUCUUCAGUUAAACUCCAUUAUAACACUGAAGCGUCAGAGUCUACAUCAAGAAAAGUGAUUGCGUGAUAGAAACGGCUACGUAUAACGUCAGAGUCUACAUCAAGAAAAGUGAUUGCGUGAUAGAAAACAAAUAAUAGGCUGAUAUUUCGAAUUUGUAACGUUUGAAAUUUAAAUAAUUUUGAAAAUCAUGCCCGCGAAAAGCCCGCGGCCGCCUACAACUGAACAUGUCUCUUUUUUAACAUGUCUCCGGUUGUGACCGUGAUGUCUUGUAGAGACCCUUGACUUGUUCACUCACCAGGCAUUCUGCGCGUUUUGUAAGGUUGGUGUAAGGCAGUCUUAUCUUUUUUUUGCCUACAGCUACAGGUGUUGCGUGUUCUCAUUCCUUCUUUUCAAGUCUUUUGGUUUCUGUGGAACUGAGCUGUUUUGUCUUUUUUUGUCCAUCUUCGUAUAUAUAUACCAGGCAUUCUGCGCUUAGCGGGCAGUCUUCUUUUUUCCUACAGCUACACGUGUUCCCUUCGCUUUUCUGUGGCUGAGCUGUUUUUGCCAUCUUCGUAUAUAUAUAUACGUUGUAGUUAAUUUUUUAUCUCAGGUAAUUUUUGUUUUUCUUUUGUUUUUGUGUAUGGUUAUGUAUGCUAAAAAAGUGAAGUUGAAACAAAAGAAAAAUAAGAAUUACCUGAGAUAAAAAAUUAACAACAACACAUAUAUACUUACUUGAAACUCUUAUGAAUAUAAACCAACACGCACGACUUAGUUUCAUAUUAUCGACAAAAGUUUAAUUUAAAAUAUUUAGAAUGCAGAAUCACUGUCGCUGAAAGAACAGUUUCCGGAUGAUGGCAGUAUACAUCUUCCUCGGUUAACGCCCACUCUCCGCAGACAACUUCCUCCACUGAAUGUGAAAAUAAACUAUAGGGGUAAUCUAUAGCAGACAGUCAUAUAACAUUACUCAGUUUCAUUAAUAGAAUGAAUAAUUUCGAUUCUCGUCUAUAUGUUCUGUUUUCUAGAACAAAGAACUCCAUAAUUUAUAAUUAUUUAUCUUUUUUACAUACCACCCUGCGGGGUAUGGUAAUUAGCUCAAGAGAAUUUUCAACGAUAAAAUAACUUCUUUGACAAUUCAAAUGAUGUAAUUGUUGGGUUAUACCCUGAUUGAGAUUUUAAAAAUAGACCCUAACUUGAGUUGUGGCAGCUUCUCUCAUUUCUUCUUCAUGAAACCAACGCCUGGAUAAUGAAUGUUGGACGAUCUACACCGAAAAGUAAAAGCAAAUGUUAUUAUAUUAUUUAUGUCAUUUAUUAACGCGUGCCUGAGGCGAUGAGCAUGAUUUUAAUUCUAAAUUUAAUUCACAACACAAUCCCAACAGAAUUCUUAAUUGCCUUGCCUGAGUUUGGAAUUCUGAUCUUCCGUCCUCAGCCAGAAAACGAGGUAACUGUAUCAACAAAUUGAGCUUUUUAUCUUGCAUAGUUAAUGUAAAUAUAACUUCUUGGGGUCACGUUUUAUUUUCUCCUCUUUUUUUCUCGAGGCUCAGUUUCAUGCAUAAAGAGAUCGAUAGUCAAAAAGGUCAAAAAGUGUUUCGUUUCUCAUCGCCCUCUUAUUUCGUUAAAGUGAGUCAGUCGAUCGACCAGACGUAAUAAGAUCGCAACUAUAGGCACCGGAUCACGAUUCUAAAGCAAAUGUUUAAACAGCGGCGUAACUUCUGAGAAAACGGAGAAGGAGUACGUGCGUUCACUGAUCCACAGAAAUGAAUCAGCAUUACGGUACCGGUUUGAAGGGAAAAAAAUAAAAGCUAAGGUGAAAUUAAUUUCCUCUGAUCGAAAAAUCGUAGAAGGCAACAUAUUGUCCUCUCCGAAGCUUAGUUUAAGAUCAGUUUGUUAUCCUAUUUUGCAGUAUGUGGGCAUGGCCCAGCAUUAAUGGUUACGCAACAAAAGAGCAAAUUAGACCGCAUGGUUUUUGCUAAAAAGGGAAGAAACUCACAGCUGAAAAUAUUAUAUGCACACUACCAUGAUAAUGAUUAAAAAUUAAAACGCUAAUUAAAACUUUGGUCAUCACAGAGGCUUAAAGAAUUGUCAGGUUUGUUUAAGACAUUGAGGAAAAUUAGCAUGUCAAUUAUACUGAGUCAGUCUUACUAUAUUCAGACGAUAAAUAGAUACUGAUUAUUUCUGAAUAUAAACCUAAUGAGCGGUACGGUUGUGACAGGACCGUUUGCCAUGGGCGAAUGGCUACCUGCUAUGAUCCAUAACGCUCACUGGUAUUCCACAACAGUUUUAGUUUUGCAAUUCAGCUUUUGCCUUGUCGGACAAAGUAACUUUUCGGGCCCGAAAUCGAAUAUUCAAACCGCGAAAUAAAAAGAAUAAGAGCGCGGGUCCUGGCCAGAAAACUAUUCCUGGACCAUUUUUUUUUCAUUAACUGAUAGUUUUAUCACGUUAGACUCAAAGCUAUUGAAACCUUUAUCUUGCAUGUAAACAACAACGGCUUUGCGAGCGCGUUUAUUAUUGAGACGUUUGAGAAAUGGGCCUCUGGUGCUUAGUUAGUGCAUUCCACAUCGAUGUUGAUGCGUAACUAAAUGAGUGUAAGCCAUGAGUGGUUGUUCAACGCAGGGAACAACAAGUUUGCUCAUGGCUGCAGAUCGUGUCUUGGUAUCAAGAUGCAAUUUAGUAAUUCUGUCUUGAAGUCUAACUAAAGAGUGCGGGAUAAAGGGGGAGGGAAAUUGGCUCGUGAUUUAAGCUAGACGGCUUUCUGAUAAGAGUUGCACUUAUUAUUUUUCGUUGCGAAUACGAGUCCUCCAUUUGCGGUCCGAUAGCUCACAUAAGGAUUUUCUUAGUAUAUGGCAUUACACGAAGCACCAUCACAUCUCUAUAAAGUAAUGACAACAUGACGCAUAGUGUUCCAAAAGCAAACACUACUAACUAUGCGUUUGAUAUGACGUCUUUUGUUCACAUCUGAAAAUCGAGAGGUAUAACCGAAGUUGGGAAAAAAUGUUUUUAUCGUACGUGACUACCGCUUAAGUUAAAUCAAGUUCUGGCUUGUAGCCGGGCCGCACCCCCGGCACCUUUUCCAUUUCCACAGUAGCGUGUUUUUAAUAAGAGGAAUAAUAUCUCAUGACGUUUGAACGUGCCGGCGUGUUAUCAGCUGAUUUGAUGUUGUUUUCUGAAUUCUUUCCAUCGGAGCCAAGUAAAACAGUUCUAACUUUGUGGAAAAAAUUCCGUGGCGUCUGCCAUUUUGCUGAACCAGACGUUCGUUGGCAAUUGUUUCGAAAAAAAUCAUUUCCAUUUUAAGAUUUUACCAAAUCUGGCCAGGUGUAUUACAAUAAAAUUCUAUAAUUGCAGAAGUAAAGAGGAUAUAUAUUAUAGAUCAGAACGUCAGCAAGUUAAGUAAAACUGACAGUUUGUUGGGUCGGUCACAAUUAUAGUCAAAUCCACAGCAUUAUUACUCUAGACUGAUAUAAAUGUGAUCAGACUGUCCAUAUGCAAAUUUGCAUUUUCUUCUGUCUUCUUGCUGAAAAAAAGGCCAAUUCAGUGUGAAAUAGAAAUGUAUGAUAAUUAGUUGAAACAAAUUCGGACUGAAAAUAAAAAUUAAAGCGAGGAUAAAAUUGAACCACGACAUAUACACCAGGCUCCUUUAAAGAAAAAACGACAUAAACCAAGUAAUCUGGGCGGAUAGCAAAUGGAAAUGUCUGACAUUGCUCAUUAAAUUUGAAUGCACAGCCAUAUCCCCUUGGCCCAUAUCCAUCAUUUGCUCACUAAAAGACCUGUUGCAACUCAAUUACUGACACGUGCGAGCCCACGGUGGUUGCAGGUUAGCUUCCAGGUUUAAGGGGGGGUGCUUGGACCGUGCUCUGGGUAGAGGUGCUGCUGAAAGUUUCAAACUCUGACUUCUAAAACAACAUUAAACAAAAAUAACCAGACUUAAAGGGGCGAUAAACCUCAGCUUGUUUAGUAUCAAGAUCCUUGCUGCCACUGGUUUCACACCAAGUGUUCUGCAUUGAUAACCCUUCCUGAUCAGAAUCAGAAUAGCAUACUUUCUCGCGAAGUUGUAAAAUAAUAUCUAAUAUUAAGCAAAAAUUGAUUAUGUCCGUUUUCGUGGACGGCGCAAGGCAGUUUCAGAGCUUUUUUUACGUCAAACUUAUUAACAGAAUCAUAUAUACACGUUUAAAGCAAUAUCAGCGAUAUUCUGCCCCGCGGCAAGGAUCUGUCUAGGCCAAUUAUACGAAAGUGCAUCCCCCGGGUUGCCUAGCCCGACGAAUUGUGCUCCGAGAAGCUAAUUUAAAAGCACUUGCCCAAAGACACAACGGACUAAGGGGACCAACUUUCUCCCACUAGGACCGAUCCAGUCAAGCUUUGCCUUCCUUUAAUUCAGUUUAGUGAAAGAUCUAACCAUUCAAUUUUUCAGACACAGUUGGAAUCCUUUUGGCCAAGGUUAGUCGCAAAAACGCGCGCUGGUAGCAAUGAUGUUAUUGUUCACUUUUGUAUUCGAAUGCACAUGUUUAAGUUGAUCUUGACUUAAAUUUUUGAAAAAGCUUGCUCGACUGGAAAGCAAAUCAUAGUUGCCAAAGAAUCGUCAACGGCAUCCUGACAUUAGCGGAAAAUGGGCGCAUUUGCUGGGUUAUUUGGAACGUAAUCCAUUUUGGAGUCGGUCGAUCGUUUCAUUGUACUUGAACAAAUCGUCACUUGCAUGUUUCGUUGAGAUUUUGCAUUUUAAUUUACUUUUCAGACCAAGGUAUCUUUCCUCUUUUUGUCUUCUUUGAGCAUUUUUUGCUAAGAAUAACUUUAAAAGCCUUCGACCAAGCUUGAAAAAACAAAAAUGCUAAGCUCACAUCAAUUUUUUUUCAAUACAUCUACAAACGUGUCAUAUCCGAAUGCGAAAUUUGCAUAAUAUCUUUACUAAUUUUAUGUAGUCCUUGGUAACAUGUUUUUCCAACACUUUUUCGUCUCAAGAGAAUAAUAUGAUGAUAUGUGAAACAUUAUUUUUAUUAUCUGUUAAAUCACAAGAUGUUCCACCUUAAUAAACAGACCAAUAUGUUUCUGAAACCUAUAAAUGAGACGGUUAAACUCGGUUGUUAUAUCAUGAGCGAUAAGAAAUAAAAAUAAACAACAGUGUAUUUCGUCUUGAAAAUGAAAUAUUCAUUCGUUUGCUCACCGUACAAAUAGUAGAAAGGUGCCAACCUUUUAUGAGUAAAAUCAGUUAUUUUCCAUAUACUUUAAUUUGCUCACAUUUCGCAAAAGUUUCAUCUUUUUGAUAAAUUGUUUGUUUCUUUUUUUUCCCUUGUUUUUUCGCAUGCACGCAUAAGGCACAAAAGCUCUGGAGUCGUGACUCCUGCGAUAUCAUAUGAGGCGCAUAAGGCUCAGAUAUUUUCGAAGUGAUUAUCACCUGCUCGAUGCAAGCCACUCUCGUUGUCAUCGAUCAGCAAAUCAGACCUCCUGCUUCGUUUGAAAUGUUAAAUCUCUCACUUGUAUUAUUUCAACACACUCAAUCUUGUCAAUGGAGUUUACGCUCUCUCCUCCGCAGAAGCUCCCACUAGGUAUCCUUAUAAAAAUAGCUAUAAUCGAGAAAAUAGACCCCGCGCUCUCUUUUUCUUUCUCCUCAGCCUCCCCACAACAGGCCUCUGCAGAGGAGAGAGGUAGUUUACCGCUAUAACCGCAAAGUUCUGACUGUCAAGCAGUACAUCACAUUUGGGAUUUUCGAUCAUAGUUAUGAAGUGGAUUAAAUUAAAUUUCAUAUCCUUAUUCCUUAAUAAAUCAUGAUUACAGAAUGAUAUAUUAGAGUUUUAAUGAAAAUUUUUUCGGGCCAAUUUGCUUUGCCUUGGUGAUCGAGUAUGUUGUUUGUUGACAGGUUUUUUUCUGCUCGACGAUGUGAGUAUGGAAACAAAUUAGGCGUAUAUUUUAGUUUCCAUAGAACUAAAAGAUUUCACAGUAAGGUCCGCUUAUAACGAGAAAUUUGGGAUGUUCGUGAUUAGGGACGUUUUGGUUGAUGCCAACAAAUUAAUACUUAACUUCGUUUGUGAACAUUAAUGAAAGAAAAGUUAAUUCAAUCCGUUUUUCUCAUUUUUCGAUACCGUAUGUAAACUAUAGUAACGUAAAAUUCCCCGGCCCGUCUAUCUUCAUCAACCUCGUCCCCAGGGCUUUUGCCUAAGAUAAUGGAGUUCUUGAUCUCCAUUGGAAAAGCCCUGGGUACAAGGUAAAAACAUACCUGGAAAGACCAAGAGGUAAACUACUAUGUCUCGUGGCCUUGCUAUCCAUUAGUCUAUGCGUUACUUAUUGGAUAAAGCACCGGGCACUCCUGGCCGUCGGUAUUAUAGAUUUGAAUCCAAAAAGUUUACUCACAUUUUUCUUUCAGUCUUCCAUACUAUACUAGCGUGCUCUUUCGUGAAGCAUUUCAUUAUAAGGAGCAUUCAUUCACCAUCUUUUUUCAUUUAUAUCACCUUUAAUUUUCACUGAUUGUUCUCGAUUCUCCCGGCGCUUAGUUUACUUGAUUAAUGUUUACUUUUAAUGACAUCUCUUUUUCCAGUUUUAAUUGAAACAAAAUCAUGGAUACCUUUGGCAAAGAAGCUCUUGAAACCCAUAACAAGUUCCGUGCAGCCCAUCAAGCGCCCGCUCUCUCGUGGUCCAGCGCCCUUGCUCGUGACGCGGAGGCCUGGGCCAAGAAAAUAGCACGAGAAGGUCGCCUUCGCCACGACGAUACGAGCGACGGGGAAAACGUGUUCAUGGUUUUUGGACGGGAAAUUGACGGAAGUGAUGCCGUGAACAGUUGGUACAGCGAGGUGAAGAAUUAUGACUUCAGUAAGUCUGGUUACCAGACGAACACAGGCCACUUCACUCAAGUUGUUUGGAAAGGAAGUAGGGAACUGGGAAUAGGCAAGGCCAAGAGUGUUGACGGGAAGGUGUUUGUGGUGGGUCGUUAUAGACCGGCAGGAAAUAAUAUGCGGGCGUUUGGAGAAAAUGUCUUCCCUUCAAAGGUGCGUAUUCUAACAAGUUACUAGCCUGCAAAGCAGGCGCAUUUUGGAGCGCGAUACAUGAUUUGUUUUCGGGAAUAACGUUGUCUCGUCAUCUUGGACGUUAAUACUACCAGAGAGUUGGGACGAGUCAAAAACUGAUUUUAAAGGAGAGGUUGGUGGCAUGGGUUUUAAAAGGCCCCUCGUCCCUAUUCCUUUGCUUUUAAAGAUGGGGCCGCGAUCAAUGUACAUCCGAGUUUCCGUUAAAAAACGCCUGCUCUGCAGACUAACAAUUCACUGCUUAUCUCUGUAUCUUGAUGCCGGUUUAAAACUAUUUUUGUGAUAAUUCUAACACCCUUUGACAUAGACAUUAAGAUUUAACUGUUACCGCGCUUAUAUUUCUAGUAAACUGCUUCAAGCCUUUUAACUCACCGCUUUGACAAGGUUAAAAAAAGAAUUAACAUUAUUUUUUCUUGCAGGAUGGACCUGUGAAAAUACCUGAAAAGGAGACAAAGAAGACUACACCUGUUCAGUGGAAGCAUGAGGAAAAGCGAUCGCAAGGAAGUGGAGACGGAGCAUCGUCUCAGAGAAAAGAGGAAACGGUAAUAAAUUUUAACACAACUGCAAGCUAACUCUAUUUGUUGCAUGGCUUCAAAGAGUAUCUAUGUAAAUUCUCUAAAAAAAGACAACAAAAUAAGGCUCAACACAAUAAAACGCUAAAAAAAUAUUAUCAUUAUCAUUAUUAUUAUUAUUAUUUUCAUGUCUCACCCCUAUAAGUGGCCUUAUUUGCCCAAAUCAUCUAGAAGAUAUAUCCUAUAGCCUUAGGUGUCUAAGGUCCUUCUUCUGAUCUUGGCUGUGCCCAGCAAACGAGCUUUCUGAAGCGAUGCAAUCAGGAUUCCAGGUGUUCCCAACUUACUGCUGAUCCCCAUUGAGGUGUUUACUCACAGUCCCAAGAGCCCCAAUUACAAUAGGGAUAUACUUCUGCAGUUCCGGAUCUUUGCAUCUCCACACUCUUUAAGUCCUGAUAGUGGUCGAUCUUCUCUCUGAUCUGUUUUUUUCUGCCACGCGUGUAGCAAAAGGCAACUGAGCUACAUCGACAAUCAAGUCUAUUGUGGUCUAAAUGGUGAUCUGUCUGAAUUCAGAUAACUUUACUUAAUCUGUCUGAUGUCUGAUAACUUUACUUGGUCAUUUUCUUUGACUGCCUCUGGAGAUCUAGAGUAAUCAUAUACCAGGUUUCGUUGCACGGCAGCCAAAUUUAUCGUGUCCCCAGUUCUUAUAAUGGUUUUGAGCUGCUAUUAUCAUUAUUAUUACCAUUAUUAUUAUUUUCUUUAUUAUUUCCAGUAACAUAAUGUUCGCAUAAUGUGGGCUCUCGAAAAAUUGAUGGAAAGUUUAAAGGCCAGGAGAUCGCCGGGUUAUAAUAAUAAUGAUAAUAAUAACGAUUUUGUCAGUUGUCUGCAUCCCUCUGUAAGUUAUGAAUUUAUGUAUACUAGGUGGAAUAAGUAAAGACAUGAUAGGGUUGCUGUUUUUGUUUGUUUUUUGUUUUUCCUUCUUAAAUAAAAGGUUGUGACGUAUCCAGAUGGCACUAAGAAGACCGUGGUAUCUACAGUAACGGUAACUCUUAAGGGAAAUGGUACGUAACGUCAAUUGAUGACAUUGCUUCUUAACUUGAUUCAGAUUUGUCCUGAGGUGCUGUGAAGAACACGUUCUCUGUGUAUAACUUCAUCGGGUUUUGCGUAGGACUUAAGGAUCUGCAGGGGCGGUUCCGGAAAAUUCAGAAAGGGGUGGCCGAGACACUUGCCCACUUGCCCACUUGCCAGCAAUAUUAUAGAUACUUUCAUUUUUCUGAGAGUUUUUUAAAAAUAACACAAAAUUUCAAAGAAAAAGGGUGGCUGCGCCCCCCUCGGCCCACCCCUAAUUCCCCACCUUGAUCUUUAAGUCCAAGUUCGAGACUUGCGCCAUGACAUUUUUCUGCCUCUCUGCACCCUCAGUUGCAGCUAAAUGCGGAUGCUCUUGAAAAAAGUACUGCUGUCAAUCACAACCCUUGAUUUCAUGUUCUAAGUGUACUCAACGUAAGUUUUGCUUUUUAUUCUUUCUGAUUUCUGGUACAUUGCAGAUCAAAAGGGCUUCUCUAAAGAAACUGUCACAACUCAAACUUUCCAUGGUAAGUACACUGCAGUCUUCAAGUAACGUUAGUUGCCAAACAUUCCGUAAUUAUAAGAAACCAGGUUGUCGAUUGGAAACGACAAAUUAAUAUGAUGAAAUUAUUUGUAUAUUGCAGAAACAGGCGAACGAAGUAACUUUUCUAGAGACAUGAGAAAGGCCCUUCCUCAAGGUGGGUGAACAUUUAUUACCUCACAAAUGGCCCUUUUUUGUAACUCCUGCUCUUCCACCUAAGGCUGGGUGGGGACGGUGGGGUGAAUACGGUACCGUCUGAUUCUUCCAGCAUGAUUUUCUAAUGUUUUGAAAUUUUAUUCAAAAGGCGCUGGUUUUGCUGGAAGGAAGGUACAGGUAUUUGUCGGGGGAGGGGGGUAGCAGUUGUCUCUUUCGUAAACGGUGGCUGCCUUUUUAAGACACUUAGAAAAUUUUUGACCUGUUACUGAGAGUGUUUCUGUUAUCGCAAAGCAGGUUCGAACCUGGACCAUUCGUAUGAUUAUGUCUCUCCCUUACCACUAUACUUCCACAUCGACCUGCCAGAAUUCCGAAAAAUUUGAGUACAUAUUACUAACAAACUGUUUUUCGUAAAUGAUACGUCAAUAACAGGUGACCCUAGCUCUAUCCAUAACUUUUAACGUAAUUUCAACUUGGGCUUCAACGUCGCUCUUUCUAAGACUAUUAAAAGACGUAUUAUUUUCUUUAUUAUAACGGGAAUAUAUGACAUCUAUCAUGACUAAAGGCUUGGUUACCAGUGGUAGCAUCGACCGUUAAAAAUCGCAAAGACCGUUUAAGAAAGGGAAAUAAGCGACGGCCGAUAAUUUUCUAUUAUGGAUUUUAGCUGCACUGACUAAAAUGAGAAGCAUCGUUCUAGUUCCCUUUUAACAAUGCACCCACUUAGAGCAGCCGUUUUACCUCCUAGCAGCAGUAAUGUUUUGCUUCGCUCUAGUUUUCAGGGGCACCCAACGAGGAUAUAGUUCAAAACCACUUAACAUAGUUUUUUACCUCCCCUAAAAACUUUUCAUCUGCAGCAAAAUCUAGUGAUCAUAAUAUCAAAAACUACCUUCUCGAAAACUUCAGCUCUAGUUUUUUUUUAUUUCCAUUUUGUCGAUGAAAAAGAGAUUUUACUUCCCAAAAAUCUGAACAAACACCGUAAUUUCAGAAAAAGAUUAGAUGAGGAAGGAUUAUGAGGAGUUACAUGGGUGAACAGUAUCAUAAUUAUGUGAUUAAGUCUCGUACUGAUCAAUGCCUAAUGACCAUCUAUGCAGCUUUAAACCCGUCUGGUCAUUAAUCAGAUUAAUGAAAUAUUUGUACAUGUUCUGUAGAGUCCUUAGGUUCCAGCCGGGCAGGCGACCGGGAUACCAAGCCGUCUUCAACAGCAGGAG